GUCUCAUUCUCCAAGCUUAGAUAGCUCCGCUAGUAACCACGUCGGCGUUACUCUCAUCAACGGGUUUGUGCUGCGGUGUUAGUCAUCCUUGUCCUCGCAGCGGACGUCGGGCGCUCGAUAGCAUCGCGAGUCCGGCUGGUGUUUGUAAGAGAAGUGGUCCAAAGUGUCCGGAAGACCAGUAUGAAGAAGUACAAGAAUGACGCCCUGGGAUUUGCGAUUCCUACUCUCCAUUCUCAUCUCCCUCUUCAUCAUCAUCUCAUCCAGUAAUCGAUUAGGUUUCGAAGCAGACCUCGUGUUAAUCACAGCAGAAAGCCACAACCCAGAUUCCAAAGAAUCCCAACGCCCGAACAGUCAACCAUGGUCUCCCUUUCCGAAGUUCGCUCUUCCAACGCUGCGCUGCCACGAGGCCAGGGUACACUCACAGCAGUCUUUGUUGGCGCCACGAGUGGCAUCGGACUCGCUACCCUUCGAUCGUACGCCACGCACAUCUCCAAUCCCACCGCGCUCAUCAUCGGCCGCAACCGCAGCAAGUUCGCCUCCGAGCUUGGCAAUCUCCGCUCGCUCAACCCAGCCGGUAGCUUCACCUUCCUCGAAGCAGAUGUGAGCCUGAUCAAGAACAUCGAUGCCGUUUGCGAGUCUAUCAAGCAACAGCUCAGUGGCGCGAAAGUCGACCUCGUUUACUUGUCACAGGGUUAUGUCGGCUUUAAUGGCCGUGAGACAAACGCUGAGGGUCUUGAUAACUCGUUCUCGCUUCGCUACUACGGACGGAUACGCUUCGCAUCGAGACUUGCUCCGCUUCUUACUCCCAACGGCCGCGUGGUGUCUGUUCUUGGCGGUGGACAGGAGGGUAAAAUGAUUGAAGAUGACCUGGAUCUGGAGCGCAACUACUCUGUAGGACAGGCUAUGGUGCAUUCCGCUACCCUGCACAGCCUAUCUUUCGAUCAGCUAGCAAAGCAGUACCCUGACAAGGCAUUCAUACACGCCUUUCCGGGUCUCGCGUCAACAGGACUGCUCGGACAUAGUGCUACCGGCGUGCUCGGUGUGGCUUUCAAGUGGAUCGUCGAGCCGCUCAUGAGCUUGUUCGUAGCGAAGCCGGCGGAUGUUGGGGAGAGGAUGCUGUACUAUGGUACUGCGCCGCAAUUCCAGAGGGGUAGCUGGACGCUGAAUGAGAAGGGUGAGGCGAAGGAAGUUGCGGCGCUGAAAGAGUACAGGGAGAAAGGGUGGGCGGAGAAGGUGGGAGAAUUUAAUGUCAAGAUGUUUGAGAGAGCGUUACAAGUGUAGUCCUGUUUGUCCUGCCGCGAUUGCUGCAACCUAAUACAAUGAAGCGUUUCUUCUUGCAGGCUAAGGCCACGAUCUUUCGCAUAAUCGCACGUCGUCUCCAACUGCUCGAUCACAUCUACCGCACCUACUGCCGACAGGAUCGUAGCAGCUCGAUGUUGAGUCUAUCCCGCAAUAGGCGACACGGUGACACCUGCUACAAGCGCUGGAGGCUUCCUUGCUGCGGUUACUGCAGUGGCCCUCCGCCAUCAUCAGCUGUCUUGAUGAUUUUGGUCGAGGUUGAGAGGUAUGAAUGGAACCACGAGCUAUCUGCAAGAUCAUGUGCGCUCGGAAAGCGACGCGUGACGCAAACCACUAGGCAGCGGCCUCUUACUCAUUUCACGCUGCCGACUCUCGCCUUAAAGGUAAGAGAAGCGACUAGCGCAUAUAUUUACAUAUGCAAUACAAGCACA